AUGUACAAGCACUUGUCAGCACCCACUCUCCCGGAAGCCUCACAGACUGUCGCCAGGGCAGAGCAAAUAGGCGACUACGAACUUGGCGACACCCUCGGCGUCGGUGCCUACGCCGUUGUCCGUCUUGCAACACACAGAAAGACAGCGGUCAAGGCGGCAGUCAAGAUCAUACCCAAGGACUCGGAAACAGGACUCGCCAAAUCCAUCCAAAAGGAGCUUACCAUUCAUCGUGGACUGCAGCACCGCAACAUCUCAAAGUUCCUCGAGUCCAAGGAGGAACCUGAGUGCAUCUACAUCUUUGUCGAGUAUGCCGCCGCAGGAGAGUUGUUCGACAAGAUCGGUAAUAACCACCUCCGCUUACUCACGCUCAUGGAUGCGGAGGGAUCAGUCCUGGAGGAAGAGUACAGUGGCGAUGCGGUAGAUAUCUGGUCUUGUGGCAUUAUCCUCUACGUGAUGAUGAUCGGAAACACGCCAUGGGAGCUGCCAUCGGCUGACAGUGACGAAUUCCGGUCGUAUCAAGAAAGUCGUGAGAACCCUAAACAUGAACCUUGGAAUAGACUGCAGGGACCUGUGCGUAAAUUGCUCCUAGGCAUGCUUCGGAUAAACCCCACCAAACGAUAUAGUGUCAAACAUAUCCUGAAGGACGAGUGGUACAACAGACCAAAUGCCCUAUUGACGGAUGGCCUUGUCAAUGAUCCGGUUCAGCUGGCUAGUUUGCUUAUGGAGAACGUCAACGACGCCUCGAAUUGCUCACCAGUUCAGAGCAUGGCGUUUGAUGUGCGGAACUAUGCAUCGUCUCAACCGGCCCGGAACAACGAACGAGCCUCAGACAGUUCUCUGGGCGCGCGAAUUGCCAUCUCAUGGCAAGAUGAAGCGUUGGAGUUGUCGCAACCUGCAACACAAUUCACGGAGGCGACCUUUUUGGAGGUCUUUUCGUCUGAACGCUUGACCCGCUUCUUCUCACAGUCGGAUCCGGACUUUAUCGUCGACUCUUUGGCUGAUGCUAUGGUCAGCAACCUUGUCGCCCAUACCGUCCAUGCCAAUCUCCAGAAGAUCGCCAUUUCAACGACGGAUCAGAGAAGAUGUUUCCUGACAGGAGAUGUCAAGGUGGUCCCAUAUGGCACUGACAGCCAGCUGGUCAUGUUUGUCAAGAGCCGAGGUGAUCCUUUGGAAUGGAAGCGAAUGUUCAAGGCACUGGUGUCGACCCUCCUGGACGCCGAAAACCCGAUUCAUCUGCAGAUGAACCCCUAA